AGGCUAGCGGUGUUGACGCGAACGGGUUUGCUCAAACCUGGGGCCGCAAACUGCCCGACGAGCGCGGAGAAAGUGGCACGCGACCUCGCCGGACCGCAGAGGCGCAGCUGGGGAACUUUCUCAGCCCAGCCCCCAGGGUGCUAGAGGGUCAGAAGGACCCGCCUUGGCCAGCGGGGCGAAGGUUGUUCCCAAGGCCACGUGAGGCGUCGUCGCCCCUAAAAGCCCCAAACCCGCAGGGCUAAUGGCAGAGUAAGGACGCCCGGACCUCGGAGACGCGGCGCCCCGCUGCCGGCUCGAGAGGCGCUCCAGCAACAGCUGCCUCGUCCAACCCAGGGGAGGUCGCGGCCGCCGAGCCAUGCCCCCCCGCAGCCGGGACGGGCGCCCCGCGCGGCCCGCGCCCCGCACCCCGCCGCCGCCGCCGCUGCUGCCGCUGCUGCUCCUGGUGGCCGCCGCGGUGCCGCCGAGCCUGGCAGAAGUCUACUAUGCAACCGCGUACUGGAUGCCUGCUGAAAAGACAGUGCAAGUCAAAAAAGUACUGGACAGGAAUGGGGACGCCUAUGGCUUUUACAAUGACUCUAUGAAAACCACAGGCUGGGGCAUCCUGGAGAUCAGAGCGGGGUAUGGUUCUCAGACCCUGAGCAAUGAGAUCAUCAUGUUUGUGGCUGGCUUUUUGGAGGGUUACCUCACUGCCCCACACAUGUAUGACCACUUCAUUAACCUCUACCCACAGUUGAUUAAGAAACCUUCCAUCGUGGAUAAAGUGCAAGAUUUUAUGGAGAAGCAAGAUCAGUGGACCCGGAAAAACAUAAAAGAUUACAAGGAUGACCCAUUUUGGAGACAUAUAGGCUAUGUUAUGACACAAAUGAAUGGGCUGUAUGUAGGAGCAAUGAGGAGGGCUAAGUUAGAAAGGACAAAGCCCAUGACCCUGUUCCAGAUUCAGUUCCUGAAUGCCAUUGGAGAUCUGUUGGAUCUGAUUCCUUCGGUUUCUCAAACAAAAAAUUCCAGCCUGAAGGUUUUUAAGAGAUGGGACAUGGGACAUUGCUCUGCUCUCAUUAAGGUUCUUCCCGGAUUUGAGAACAUCUUUUUUGCUCACUCAAGCUGGUACACAUACGCAGCCAUGCUCAGGAUAUAUAAACACUGGGACUUCAACAUCAAAGAUAAAGACACCAGCAGUAGUCGCCUCUCUUUCAGCAGUUACCCAGGGUUUUUGGAGUCUCUGGAUGACUUUUACAUUCUUAGCAGUGGUUUGAUAUUGCUACAGACCACAAACAGCGUGUAUAAUAAAACCCUACUAAAGCUUGUGGUACCCCAGUCUCUCCUCGCAUGGCAAAGAGUUCGUGUAGCCAAUAUGAUGGCAAAUGAUGGAAGGCAGUGGGCAGAGAUCUUUUCAAACUACAACUCUGGCACCUAUAACAAUCAGUACAUGGUCCUGGACCUGAAGAAGGUAAAGCCGAAGUAUAGCCUUGACGCAGGCACUCUCUACAUUGUGGAGCAAAUUCCUACAUAUGUAGAAUAUUCUGACCAAACUGAGGUUCUACGGAGAGGAUAUUGGCCCUCCUACAACAUUCCUUUCCAUGAAAAAAUCUACAGCUGGAGUGGCUAUCCAAUGCUAGUUCAGAAGCUGGGUUUGGAGUACUCCUAUGAUAUGGCUUCACGAGCCAAAAUCUUCCGGCGUGACCAAGGGGACGUGACUGAUAUGGCAUCCAUGAAAUAUAUCAUGCGAUACAACAAUUAUAGGAAGGAUCCUUACAGUAAGGGCGAUCCCUGCAAUACCAUCUGCUGCCGUGAAGACCUGAACUCACUUAGCCCAAGUCCUGGAGGUUGCUAUGACACAAAGGUGGCAGAUAUCUACCUCGCGUCAGCGUAUACAGCCUAUGCCAUUAGCGGUCCCACAGUACAAGGUGGCCUCCCUGUUUUUCACUGGAACCGUUUCAACAAAACUCUCCACAAGGGCAUGCCAGAGACCUAUGACUUUGAUUUUAUUACCAUGAAACCAGUUUUGAAACGUGACAUAAAAUGAAGGAGGGAGCUGAGGGAAUAGAAGGGAAUAGAAGGUUGCAAAUAAGAUUCCAAAGGCACUAUUUUAGCUAUUCUUUUCCAUUCAGAAUUAGUCUUAAUAAAAUAUAUUAAAUUCA